UCAUUACGAACUUCAAGGGGAGACGAAGAUCGUGGUCACUCUAGGGACACGGUCUUCUUUGGUACACCAUGUUAAAGGUUGUGAUAUUAUUCUUAUGGUUGGCAGCCAACCUUACAGAUACGGUUGUGAGUGCACCUCCAACUCGGAUGAAGCGAGAUAACAUCAGGCUGUGUGGAAAACUGUUGGUUGAUACCUUAAGUCAACUGUGCCACGGAGAGUAUUACGAUCCCAACGAUAUUGGCGUCAUCAGCAAGAGGAGUUACGCACCAAAUCCUCUUGAUUCUUAUCCCCAAUGGUUGUUCUCCUCCUUGACCUCAAGAGAACAGAACGAUCCUGUGCAAUCUGUUCCAGGAGCUUCUAUUCGCCAUGGCCGCCAAGUAAGAGGAGUUGUGGACGAAUGCUGCCUCAGGUCCUGUUCUGUUCUAACCCUCCUGUCAUACUGCCGCACCACCUAAAUAAUAGAACAGGACUUGAAACGACUGGAACGAUUACGAUUAACGACUUUGGAACACGGACUUGGAUUUAUUGAUACGAUAUUUUAUAUACAUAAUGGUUUCUAGUCACUUAUGUGCAGGUGCUUUCAGUGUGUGUAUGUGCAUUUUUUUAACAUAUAAAUAACAAUCAUGUGUU